AUGUCCUCCGUCCACGAUAACGCCUCUUCACCCGGGAGCGGCGAUGGGGUGAGCAAGCGCAAACAGGGGUCGGCGGCGUGUGUCCACUGUCACCGGCGCAAAGUCCGUUGUGAUGCUCGAGUCGUCGGAACCCCCUGUACCAACUGUCGCACCUCUGGCAAGUCCGACUGCCGCAUCCACGAGAAGAAAAAGCGUCUUGCUGUGCGCUCGAUUCUCGAUCCCGUUCCGAUCCGAUCUCGGCCUCUACCGACGUCUGAUCAUGCCGCCAAUCCUACAAAUCCAGCCUGCACACCGCUGCCGCCAAGCUUUCCAACUGCAUUUGGGAGUGGCUCCGCGCUUGCAGGUAAUUCUCCGCAGCAAACCUUCUUAUCCAAUGCCGCAGAGCCAUUUCGUCAAGGCCCGGAUCUGUCACACGCCCAGGAGGCGCACACAGAGAUGGAGCAACGCCUUGUGAAACUGAUCGACGAGGAAGAUUCCGGUCGAAGAGAAAUCCAGCGAGGCGUGCGCGCUUUCUACGUCGGCCAUGAACAUUCUAAUAUGUCAUUUCUCAUUCGGCAACAAAGAGACCAGGAUGACGAUGUAUACCAUUUUGCCAGCAAUGAAAUUCCUCGGCGACAGAUGAAGACUGGGCAUGAUCAGCUCCUUAUGGAUGCCCUAACACUCCCGGAACCUGCUCUAGCGGAUGAGUUGGUGCAAUCAUAUUUCAACUUCGUCAAUCCGGGGUAUCCAAUCGUCGAUGAGGACCUGUUCAUGACACAGUACCGAAAUCGAGACCCUGCAGACCCUCCUCCAAUUCUGCUACUCCAAGCUAUUUUGUUAGUUGGAGCCCAUGUCACCCGCGCAAAGGCAGAGCGUGAUACAUUGAAGGAGAUCUUUUUUCGCCGCACGAAAUAUCUCUUUGAUAAUCGCAUUGAGCGAAAUCGAGAUAUUUUGGUUCAAACGGCGCUGCUAUUAACUUGGCAUUCUGAUAGUGCUGAUGAUGAUGUCGCUGCAGAUGCCCAUUUCUGGGUCGGUGUAGCUGCUCGGAUUGCCACUGGCCUGGGAAUGCACCGUAAUCCGGUCUCAAGUCGAUUUGUGACUCGCGACAGGCGAAUGUGGAGACGAGUCUGGUAUAUCCUAGUACAGUUCGAUGUGAUGGUUUCUCUUUCUUAUGGUCGGCCGCAGGCUAUAAACUUGGAUGAUUCUGAUGUGUCGCCUUUGACUCCUGCCGACUUUGAAAACUGUGGACCUCGUGUACAAGCCGACUUUGUCAUACAUUUUACAGCGCUUUGCACUAUGAUUUCAUAUCUUAUACGGGAUCGGUUCGGUCUCCGGGCUAGCGAUGAGCGACGAAAGGCCGUUUUGCAAGAGGCAGACGAAUCAUUGGCGAAUUGGUCCUUGAAGCUGCCUGACAAUCUGCGUCUCCGAGCGUCUGAUAUGGACCCUUGGUCAGCUAUGUUGCAUCUUACCUAUAACAAUUUCCUCAUUCUCCUUCACCGGCCACAUCCAAGAGCAUCGGCGUAUUCCGACGACUAUGGGCCCCACGACGCAGAAAUCUGUAGCGCCGCCGCUGGAGUCAUUGCUUCCAUCUUCGAGGAGCUCCGACUUAACGAUCGAUUGAAAUUCCUUUGGUACACUGGUGUCCACACUUUGUUCACAGCCAUGAUUCAAGUCCGUGUGGAACUUCGGUUCUCCAAUCCAGUCCUGGCAAUCAAUGCAUUGCGCCGCUUCGACUCCGCAUCUUAUUCGUUGCGUGAAUUGGCUCAGUACUGGGUUCAUGCAGGCACAAUUCUGCGGCUCUUUGAAGAUUCUAAGCGGCUCCAGGAAGAUUUGCGCAUGGCCACCACCGACCGAUCCAAGUCGUUCAACGCUGUUCCACCUAGUAUCAACAAGAUCCCCAUCACUGUAUCUGAGGCUGCAGCAGCCAUGCAAACUGUGCAUACCCCACGGCCCCUCUCCUUUGGUGUGCCGACACCAGAGUCCUCCCACACCCCGAUGCAAGGUACACUGUCACCACAACCAAUUCCCAAUUACGAUAAUUGGAUCACCGCUCCUCUUCGACUUAAUGUUGGCCCUCUGGACAGAAGUGAUACCUAUCCGGCCAACAUGCAGGUAGACCAAAUGGAUCAAACCCGCGAUUACCCAGACUGGAGACAAUUGUUCUCUUUUACCGACUCUGAUCUCGCAAUGCCCAUGGCCGGCGAGGGACUUCUUGAAUUAGAAGAUGAAUGGAGGCAGAUCUACUGGCAGGAUACACCCAUGGCAGAUCUCAUCCAGGAUGGCAGUUGGCUUCCUGGAUAG